UCCAGCUCUGCGACAACAACUACCUCAGGUUAUGCAUUUAUCUCCUAUUCAAGCAGCAGGGAAAAUGUACACACUUCAACAAAUAUCAGAUAUGCCCACCUCAAAUUUUCAGGAAGGAGCUACCUACAGCACCAUUGCGAAAGCUAAAUCUAUUGUACCUUCAACUAAAUGGUACUACAAAGGAUGCAAACGUUGUGAUAGAGGAUACAAGAACAACUCAGAUACUCCAACAUGCCUUUGCACAAAUUCAUCUCCAAAGCCAUUGUACAAGCUACCAAUAACACUUACAGAUGACUCGGGAGAUUUAGAUGCCAUUGCUUUCUCUAAAAUUGCUGAAGAAUUGGUUGAGCGAGAUGCCAUACAAGCUUCUCAAAACAUGAAAGUUGAUACCGCGGAACAUGUGACCGCCCUAGAUAAUGCCAUUGGGAAAACCAGAUUGUUCUAUAUAGGAAUGAAGGUUGAUUUGGUAUCCAGAUUCCCCAUAAGUUAUGUCAUAAAGAAAAGCUUCCCAGUUGACAAUGCACAAAUAUUGCCCUCUACAAAGUCAACUCCAAGCAAAGACCUGGAGAACAGUCCAUCGUCAUCAAAGAGCAUCCAGAGUCCAGGGAGCCUAACACAAGUCCACUUGGACAAUACUAUGCCUCCCCCUUGCCAAUCUACAACUAUGGACACCGACAAAAACAAAAAUAGGUACUCUUCAGCGAAAAGAAGCAUCCAAUUUACAGAAGAUGGAGCCACCAACAAAGAGGGUCAACAAUAGGAACAUCUUCAGGAUACACAAGUGCAUCUCCAGGUUGUCAAAAAGCAUAAGCAAGACAUUGCAGAUAACAAUGUGAAAAUGAACAACUAUGAAGGACAAGAGGAUAACAGUAAUAAAA